AUGCCUGUAAGCCUAAGGAAAGAAAUAUCUGAAGAGGAAUUCCAUACACAUUUUUCCAGUAUAAAAGCACCCCACCAAACCUUGCUCUGCUUUGGUCUGAAAGAAGAAGAUAAAACACUUUGGAAAUUAUGGGGUCAUGCUUACAAUAAUCCAGGCCAAUGUCAUGCUGAAACCCUAGUUUUAAGGGAAAUUGAAAACUAUCUGAAGACAAAUAUUUCCAACUCUGCAAAGUACAAUAUUACAUGGUUUCUUUCCUAUAGUCCCUGCCACUCAUGUUGUGAUAAAAUAAUCAAUUUUUUAAUGAACUCUCAAACUAAAAUUGAAUUUAACAUCAAAGCAGCAAAGCCAUAUCAAUUCAAUAAUGAUCAGAAUCCAAAAGGCAUAAAAAUGCUCAAGAGAGUAGGAAUUCUAUUCAAGAUGAUGGAAUGUAAUGACUUUGAAGAAUGUUUCUACUUAUUUGUGGAUCCUUGCACCAAGUUCAGUGCAUGGCCUGAUCUAGAAGCGCAAAGUUUAGCAAAUGUAACUUUAUUUCAUCAUUAUUUGGGCCAGGAGGAGAACAUAUUAGAUAUCCAUUUAUUUCCAAAUGAUGAUUCUUCUUCAG